AUGGAAUUAAGAAACAUAACUAAAGCGUACUAUCUGAAACCUGAGAAGACAUUAUCUGGGUGUGUCUCAUUGAUCGACUUAAAGUUAAUUUGUGCAUCUAAAAAUCAUUCCACUGAAAACAACCCACUGAAUGUAAAGGAAGAUCCAGAAAGCAAGCAACAUGCACAUGAGGAAAACUAUGUCAACAAGGCAGAUACAGAGGAUGAGGAAGAAGAUGAAAGCAACUGCAGCUACAUGGAUUGUGUACUUGACAACGUUGGUCGGGAAACUAAUAAGGGAGAACAGAAGGCUAUUUUGAUUCUCCAUAACAGUUCAGGAAUCUACCGUAUAGAAAGCCAUGGAACAGCCAUGGAACAAAUCCAUCAUGAUGAACAUGAGUGUAAAAAGGAAUUCAUAUUAAACAUGCUUGAAGAUGGAAACAGCCAUCUUGACGUCAAAAAUUCUCAGUUAGAAUUGAAAGGGAAUCAGGGUAGUUCAGUGUAUGUCUCAGGGAACAUCAACUUGUUUUCAGUCACUUUGAAGGCUCUGGGACCAGAGGAUGAUUUGGAUGAGGAAAAGGUUUGUAAACCUCUGCUACCCAAAUCAGUGGUAAGUGAAGAUCAAGAAUUAUCAACAUCUCGCAUUUCUUUACUGGAGAAACAGAAAAGAAGCCGACGGUUUUGUGCACCCAUACAGAAAGAAAUGAAAACAGAUGAUCCAGUGCAAGUGGAAAGCCAGGAUCUCCUUUUUGUGUGUUCUUCUGAUUUGGGCUCGAGGACUGAGUAUGACACAAUGUCAGGAUAUAUGAUGACCCAUACAGGAAACAUGCAUGAACAAAACAGGUCCUUGUCAGAGGGGACAGACUGUGAUACAGACUAUAUAACACGGUAAAGACAACACUUAUUUUAAGACAUGCUGAACAUGUUCACAAUUAAAAAAAUGUUAAUAAAGUGUUCAUAAUAAAAAAAAAAAAAUGUAAUAUAUACAACACUUGUAAAAAGUUUGGAAACCGUUUUUGUUUUUAAUAAAGUCUCUUCUGCUCA